UUGUCCCGACCGCCCAUGAGAAAAGGAGCUACGACGGCGUGAGCUCAGCACACAAAUAGUUCUUUCCUGGAGAAACAUCAUAGUUUGCAAGCAUGGAAGUUGCUCAGUGUUGAGUGUUGUUGGGAUGUACAAAUGAUCACAAAAGUCUAUGUUUAGUUCCUUCAUCCGAGCUUAUUUUCUCUGGAAACGCGCCAAACAUUUCGCCGACUUCCUCAACUUGGUCCAAUACAAAGCUGGACUUGCUGAACGUCUGGAAAUGGAGUCCGGAUAAGUACCAACACUCCUCGGCUCAGCUACAAACCUCGGACAAGCCAGCACAUCAAGUGUUUACAUUCAGCUGCUUCUCUCAAUGGAUGUUGCCUGCCAUACAGACUACCUGGAAACACGUACUGUAGCCACACAGCUAUCCUUAAAGACUUUGCUGCCCCAUUUUACAAGUGAUGAAUUUAGAGACCGUAGCCCGCAGCGCGGCGGCACCUCAGAGAGUCUGGGUGUGGACGCCCCUGGCUCCUCCCACAUGUCCAGUCACAGUGGGGAGCUGCGGAUCCUGAGCGUCUACGGAAAAGGGGAGGGCCCACUGGCGGUGGACGGCCAUGACACCCUCUUCACCGCGUCCGAAGUGGAGGCCCUGAACUCGCUGUCUGCGGACCACAACGCGGCCAAGAGCCUGGAGCGCGGUGAGCGGCUGGUCUGCCGCGAGGAGCUGAGUGUGCAGCCGGAGACCCCAGGAACUAUUUCAGUCAAGGUUGAAGAGGAUAUUGGUGGAGGCAUGCCCGCUGUAGAAGACGUCAAUGACAUCAGAGACUGCAGCACGCAGCGUGGCGCCACCUCGGAGAGUCUGCGUGUGGACACCCCUGGCUCCUCCCACAUGUCAAGUCACAGCGGGGAGCUGCGCAUCCUGAGUGUUUACGGACAAGGGGAGGGCCCACUGGAGGUGGACGUCCAUAACACCCUUUUUGCCGCUUCAGAACUGGAGGCCUUGAGCUCGCUGUCCGCUGACCACAGCGUGGCCAAGAGCCUGAACUGCAGCGUGAGGAUCGUCCGCCUUAAGGAGCUGACUGGGCAUCAGGGCGGCCGCAAGGGCCGGCCCGGUGUCUUUAAAAUAUUAGGAAAUGUUCACAUCGUUGGUAAAUACAAAGGAAACAUGUGA